UACUGGUGCACUGUCCAUCUCUGCUGCUGGGCACUGAGGUACUGGUGCACUGUCCAUCUCUGCUGCUGGGCACUGAGGUACUGGUGCACUGUCCAUCUCUGCUGCUGGGCAUUGAGGUACUGGUGCACUGUCCAUCUCUGCUGGUGGGCACUGAGGUACUGGUGCACUGUCCAUCUCUGCUGGUGGGCACUGAGGUACUGGUGCACUGUCCAUCUCUGCUGGUGGCCACUGAGGUACUGGUGCACUGUCCAUCUCUGCUGGUGGCCAUAGUUGAGGGCUAAACUGGAGAGAACCUUCACAAGGCCUCCGCCUGAUGGUCUAUUUUGGAGAGCGUCUGUCACAAUGUCUGCAUUUUUCUCGCUUAUCUAACAUUUUCAGCCCCUCGGCAUAGUUAGGAUUUGCAUCGUUGCUGAGGUCAGUGAUCAAUCUUUCCGUGGGUGAAGGUCCACUGAUUAGAGGGGGAAUGGGUGGAAACACAUCUGAUGGAUUGCUCGUUUUAUGAUGAUCAGUUAUUUCACUUUACGUAAUAUUUGGGUUUUUGAGUUGGAGGCUGCAAACACGAUUUAACUCAGUUUGUAAAUGUCAAUGAAUCAUCAAGACUGAGUCAGUAAUGCGAGUUGGUUAUUACUGAACUUGCCAAAACAGAUUUGAUUGAUUAAAUCGGUUUUAAUGAUAAAUCUAACCUGUAUAGGCUAUUUGGGAAUUUUAACUUUAAUUCACCUGAAAGAGUUGUUAUCGCUAAGUUAACAUUGAAAAGUUUAACUAUGUCUCAUUGGUUAGAAGACAUUAGUUUGUGUAUUAUUCCAAUAACCAACCUGGAAAGGUAGUGUAGCAAUUUAAUGUAUGUAUUAAAUUGAAUGAGACAAUGAUAUCCAAUCAGUUGAGACUGGUUUGAUAUCAUACAGCGUAACCUGAAUUUUUUAAAAGUAAUUAUUGCCGAUUCUUCUCCACCGGAGGUCUCUAUUAACACAAGCUAAAAUCGCCAAGGUAUCAGUGAAGGUGGAAUUUCACAAUGCUGUUAAAAGGUCUCCUUAAACACCAUUGAACUGGUAAAACGGAUUUAAUCUAUUAAUCAAUUUGAAUGAUUUGUCAACCCUGUAUAUGCUAAAGGUAUUAGCUUUAAUUAACCUGAAAUAGUUGUUAUAUCUAAGUUAAUGUGGAAAAGUUUAACCAUCUCAUUGGUUAGAAGACAUUAGUGUGUGUAUUAUUCCAAUAACCAACCUGGAAAGGUAGUGUAGCAAUUUAAUGUAUGUAUUAAAUUGAAUGAGACAAUGAUAUCCAAUCAGUUGAGACUGGUUUGAUAUCCUACAGCGUGACCUGAAUUAUUUCAUGAAAAAUGACUGGCGAUUCUUCGCCAGAGGUUACUGAUAGCGCAAGCUGAGAUCUCACAUGAUUCCCGCCCGGCGCGGGAAUUCACUAUGAACAAAGGGGAAAACAAAAAUGGCUGAUCUGGCGCAAUGCUUAGCUUUCCUUCCACUUCGCCGCGCAAGGGAAGUUCCCCCCAACAAGGGAACGGGUUUACUAGGUGACGUCUCACGUUCAACCCUUAAACUCUUCACUUUACCAAAUGCGAGAGGUAGAAAGAUAAUGGCUUCGGUCAAACGAAUAUAUCUACUCAAAUUUCCGUAAUGGCUGGCUCAUAUGUCCUCUGCUCUAGGAAUUGCUUAUGACCGAGUCAGAUCACUCUUGAAAGUGACCUACUAGUUGGUCCACUAGUAUUAUUCUCAGAAUGUCUACAUCGGCUGGUACAUAUGCCCUAGCACGUAGCAUUCAGUAGACCCUCCGACACACUGACAUUCGUCAGAUGUACCACAGGGGUGGUUCUCUCCCGACCAGUAUCUGGGUGAAAUGGAACGACACACACACGCUUCUCCCACACCAGUCCUGCCUAUAGCUAUUAAUGGUAUAUAUGUAUCUUGCUACACAAUUGGUAUGGAAUUAACCCAAAAGUGCGGCCAUAGUUUUAUCUUCAAUGCCUCCCACGGGGUGCCAAUAUGUUGUGACGUUGUAUUAGUUAAUGUGACGACUGCUGCUCAUCGAAUGAUUAACGGUUUAUAAUUGCGUGAUUAAAUGAAUCAGACAAUUAUUAACUCAUUAACCUGGGCACCAUGGGAAAAUUAGUUUUAUUGAGUUUCUAUUUCCCAAAUUACCUCAAAUAAUAUCAGAAUAUCGAUUUGACAACAGUCGCUAAUUAAUCAAUUUCCUCUACAGUCUCAUUGUGAACGUCGCAUAAUCCAGGAAUCUGCACAAACCCGAGUCCCACCAAUGAGUUCGUACCACACCAAUUGUAGUUGACUAUUUAUUUACUAGAAAGCUAAAAUGAUAAUAGAAGAUACGCAUAAACAAAAACACAGUCUAGGCUGUUGAUUAGAACUUAGUACAACGGGCCAACACACUCUGACGCGUGUUCCCCAAAAUGGGGAUUUAAAAGAGAGAAAAAGAAAAGGUACACGAGAGAAAUAUCCCUUUGGGUGCAUUUGACAGCUAUGCUUAUUUGAACCCUAACCUUGCCCCGAACUGCCGCACUUAUGGGUCAGAAUAUAAUUAUGUACUUACGUGUUGAAGGUCUCCGCUGUGGGUCUCUCCGCGUGGGCCGUUUAGGCUUCAAGAAAUGACGCACUUCUCGGGUGCAACUCUCUGGUUGUCCUCACGAUGUCAGUGUCCUUUUUGCUUAGUGGUCUGAUUCCUCACCCUUGUUCUGAAAGUAUUCUUCUGAGGACAGCCAGCCCUGUAGCUCAGGGCUCACGGCGUAGGAAUGAAAACAGUGUAGAUACCACGAUUCGAUGGGGGGUUGAGACCUGGUGGUCCGGCUUGAAUUCACCCGCUUAGAUGCAGCUAUUCAUCCAUAGCUUGAGAAGAAAAGGAUUCCUUUGUCUUCAACCUCGUGUUGUGUUUUGGGUUCGUUGACUACUCAGACCUUUGCUGCAGCUCGGGUCACUUAGUCUGAUAUGUUAAUUCUUAACUCACAUGUCUUAUACCCUCGGGUCAGAUGUGGGCGUAACGGCCUUUAGGGCAAUUCUCUGGGCCUACCAAGUUAUGAGGCAAGGUCUAGAUUUUACUCAAAUCCAAUUUUAGACAACUAACUUCACAUUUCAUCUUUACCAAAACAUUCUCUUUGAUUUGAACAUUUUCCACACAACGUACAAUGUAUAAACAUCAAGCAUAUACUAGGAAAACUCUUAAAGUUACAAUGUUUUCAUAAUGACGUCGUCCUUUAACCUUUAAUAACAAAACAAAAAUGACAUACAUUUUCAUAUUCCAUCUAUCGUCAUUACAACCAUUGUGGCUGACGGAAACCAUUGUUCCAAAGUCCAUUUAUUCCAUGUUUAAUGUUCUGAGGCCGGUUCUCCAUAGUGAGAGGACAAAAGAAUUUUGUCUGUUGCCUAAGAUUUACAAUGGGUGUGAGGGGUCAAAACCCCCCCACAUCUUCAUACCCCUAGAUCUCUCCUAAGUUGGGGGUGAGAGAUAAUCGGUACGGUCAUGACACCUCAUACAAGGCAGCAUUAUCAUGAAGAGGUUUCAUUCAGGUUUCUCUUUAAAUAAACACUGUCUUUGGCAGGAGGAAAACCAAACUUCGAGGAACCAAAGAUGUCCAAACCAGCAAGACGACACCUCUGCUCCCAAUGUGGAAAGAGUUUUAACCAGUUAGGAAGCCUGAAAGCUCAUGAGCGAAUACACACAGGGGAGUUGCCUUACCACUGCUCCCAGUGUGGAACUAGGUUUACCAAAUUAGGAAGCCUGAAAAGACAUGAGAGGAUACACACAGGAGCGAAGCCACACCAUUGCGCCCAGUGUGGAAAGAGUUUUAACAAGUUAGGAAACAUGAAAUCUCAUGAGCGAAUACACACAGGGGAGAAGCCUUACCACUGCUCCCAUUGUGGAAAGCGUUUCAGAGAGUCAGGAAAGCUGAACGCUCAUAAGCAAAUACACACAAGGGAAAAGCCUUACCGCUGCUCCCACUGCGGAAAGCGUUUUAACCAUUCAGAAAAGCUGAAAGAACACAUGAGACUGCACACAGGGGAGAACCCUUGCAAAUGCUCAGACUGUGGGAAGACAUAUUACUCAUCACGGUCACUUAAACGUCAUGUGAGAAUCCACACGGGAGAAUAAUUACUUCUCCUCGUGUGUAAAUUCAUGUUUCACAUCACAUUGACUUAAAAUUCAUUAGAGAACAUACACAGUGCUCCAAUUUAUAUUGUUGACUGAGAAUGUGUUUACUUGUUUUUACCAUAUUGAAUUGUAAAAAGUAGUCUUAAACAUAUAUUUUAUGUUUUUACGAGAAAACAUGAAGUGAAUAUGGAGUCUGUCAGUUUGAAUAUAGAGUAGAUCAGAUUCCAUGUGUUUAAAUGGUCCUUUUUUAAACUCUGACUGUGUGUGUGUUUAUCUGGGUGUGUCAUUCCUCCAGCACUACAGAUAGUACAGUGAUAUUUGGAUGUGAUGCAUUUGCUCCAUUGUUUACAUUGGGGGGGGAAAACAAUUUUAUCAAUUUUAGAAUAAUGCUGAAAUAUAACAACAUUUGGAAAAGGUGAAGGGGUCUGAAUACUUAACGAAUGCACGUGUGUGUAUACUGAACCAAAAUAUAAACAACAAUUUCAACGAUUUACAGUUCAUAUAAGUCAGUCAUUGUAAAUAAAUAAAUUAGGCACUAAUCUAUGGACUUUACAUGACUGGGCAGGGGCGCAGACAUUGGUGGGCCCUGGAGGGCAUACGCCCACCCAUUUGCGGAGCCAGGCCCAGCCAAUCAGAAUGAGGUUUUCCCCACAAAAGGGCUUCGUUACAAAGAGAAAUACAAGUCGGGUGGCUGGUCUCAGACAAUGUGGAGGUCCUUGGCUGGCGGCGUUAUAUGUGGUCUGUGGUUGUGACACCAGUUUCCUGUUUUCUGGAGCGCGCUUGAGAAUGUACCUGGUAUUGCCUUCUGAAAAGCUGUCGUUAUAGACGACUAAUAUCUCCGGCUUUGAUUUUAUUUGAUAAAUGUGACAAUAUCAUCGUAAAGUAUGUUUUUUCAAUAUAGUUUUAUUAGAUUAUUGAAAUUUUUUCGGGACGUUAGGCGUGUUGCUUUGUCUGCGUUUGUUCACGAAUGAGAGCUUCGCGCCACUUUGCUAGCUUUCCGUGCUAAUUGACUGCAGAGAGGACAUUCUAAAACCAAACAACGAUUGUUCCCGACAAAGGACCCAUUGUACAACAUUCUGAUGGAAGAUCAUCAAAAGUAGGACCCAUUUUAUGAUGCUAUUUCAUAUAUCUGUCGUACAUGUGUACUACUAGUUUGCGCCCAGAUUUUGGGCACUCUCUCGCCAUAACGUAAGCUGGAUGUCGUAAUGAAGUUAUUUUUAGAAUUCUAACACGGCGAUUGCAUUAAGAACUAGUGUAUCUAUAAUUUCCUAUACAACAUGUAUUUUUUAGUAACGUUUAUGAAUAGUUAUUUGGUCAGAAUAGGUGUGUCCUAAAAAUAUCCGGACUUUCUGGGAAAAAGAUGCUACGUUAGCACAAUGUAUAACCACUGAUUUCAGCUCUAAAUAUGCACAUUUUCGAACAAAACAUAAGUAUGUAUAACCUGAUGUUAUAGGACUGUCAUCUGAUGAAGCUUGUCGAGGUUAGUCAAAAAUUAUAUAUCUUUUGCUGGUUUGUUACGAUCGCUAGCUUUUGCUGCUGGUAAAUGUCUUGUGUUUCUGGCUAUUGUGGUAAGCUAAUAUAAUGCUAUAUUGUGUUUUCGCUGUAAAACACUUAAAGAAUCGGAAAUAUUGGCUGGAUUCACAAGAUGUUUGUCUUUAAUUUGCUGUACACCAUGUAUUUUUCAUAAAUGUUUUAUGAUGAGUAUUUAGGUAUUUCAAUUUGGUCUCUGAAAAAUGUCUGUGCUUUUAUAUUUGUAUUUGGUGGUGAGCUAACAUAAAUAUACGUGGUGUUUUCGCUGUAAAACAUUUUAAAAAUCGGACAUGUUGGCUGGAUUCACAAGAUGUUUAUCUUUCAUUAGCUGUAUUGGACUUGUUAAUGUGUGAAAGUUAAAUAUUAAAAAAAUAUUUUUUUUGAAUUUCGCGCUCUGCCUUUUCAGUGGAAUGUGGGAGGAGUGGCGCUAGAGGAACCCCUGUCCUAGACAGGUUAAGGAAGUGUGUAGGUCGCAUUCUGUAUCAUACAGCUAUGAAAGUUAUAUAUUUAGAACAGCUAUGAAAGUUAUAUAUUUAGAACCACCUGCUCAAUUGGAAUCCAGCGACGUCUGUGUCCUAGAACUGUUUAGUUUUUUUGUGUUCGGACUGGUAAAACAGGAUGAGUAAAAUAAGUAAUGUAAACAUAUCAGUAAUUACCAGGAAGCUCUACAUUUAUUUUAAAAUCACACUAAGAUUGUUAAAACUGGCCUCAGGUUAUUGAGGGAUCUGAUUAGGAUUUGCCCUCAUAGCAAGGUUGGUUUAUCAUGUGGAGGUUUCAUUCAGGUCUCUAUUUUUUAAAAACACACUGUCUUUGGCAGGAGAAAGACCAGACUCAGAGGAACCAGAGCCAGGGAUGUCCAAACCAGCAAGACGACACCAGUGCUCCCACUGUGGAAAGGGAUGGAACCGAUUAUGGGACCUGAAACGACACAAGAGAAUACACACAGGGGAGAAGCCUUACCACUGCUCCCAGUGUGGAAAGCGGUUUAACCAGAAAGGUAAUCUGAAUGAACAUGAGAGAAUACACAGAGGGGAGAAGCCUUACCACUGCUCCCAGUGUGGAAAGUGUUUUAAACAGUCAGGGGAGCUGAAACGGCAUGAGAGAAUACACACAGGGGAGAAGCCUUACCAAUGCUCCCAGUGUGGAAAGGGAUGGAACCGAUUAUGGGACCUGAAACAACACAAGAGAAUACACACAGGGGAGAAGCCUUACCAAUGCUCCCAGUGUGGAAAGAGUUUUAACGAUUUACGGAACCUGAAUCGACACGAGAGAAUACACACAGGGGAGAAGCCUUACCACUGCUCCCAGUGUGGAAAGUGUUUUAAACAGCCAGGGGAGCUGAAACGGCAUGAGAGAAUACACACAGGGGAGAAGCCUUACCACUGCUCCCAGUGUGCAAAGGGUUUUAACAAUUUAGGGAACCUGAAUCGACACGAGAGAAUACACACAGGGGAGAAGCCUUACCACUGCUCCCAGUGUGGAAAGCGGUUUAGCCGGAAAGGUUAUCUGAAUGAACAUGAGAGAAUACACAGAGGGGAGAAGCCUUACCACUGCUCCCAGUGUGGAAAGUGUUUCAACCAGCCGGGGGAGCUGAAAUGGCAUGAGAGAAUACACACAGGGGACUUGCUGUCUUAUAUUGUUGACUGAUAAUGAUUACCUGUUUUUACCAUAUGAACUUGAAUUGUACAAAGUAUACUAAAACAUAUAUUUGUAUGUUUUUAUUAGAAAACAUGAAUUGAAUAUGGAGUUUGAAUAUGGAGUUUGAAUAUAGAGUUGGUCAGAUUCCUUCUGUUUUAAAUGGUUCGUUUUUAAACUCUAACACUGUGUGUGUGUUUAUCUGUGUGUCAUUCCUCCAGCACUGCAGAUAAUCAAGUGAUAUUUGGAUGUGAUGCAUUUGUUCCGUUGUUUACAUUUGCAAUGUUGGCCCACUGAUGAUUUAAUGAAAUGAAAAUGUUCACAGACUCUGUAAUGCAAAAUGUUAAUUGUAUGUGUCCACAUAUCUGAGUAUGUGACUAACCUUGUGAAACUGUCCUAUUAUAAUCUGGUGGAUGAAUCAGAAUUAGUUGGGUAACAUAGAUAAUUAAGAUCUCUUAUCUGCAUAAUAUGCUGAUGUGAUAUACUUGUUAUUAGAAUGAAUCCGUUCGGACUCUGGUGUUGGCAGUUGCACUUCUUCCCUCAGCUGGGGCUCAGUCACCUGGGGCCCAGAGAGGGGAGAGGUCAGGCUUGUCUUUUACAUGUCCCUGGUGCUAUGCAGAAUAUCAGGAAGGGAAGAGGACAGGAGGGAACAUUGUCUUCAAAUGUGAAUGUAUCUGUUAAACUAUGUGAAGGGAUGGUGUGAUUUAUGGGGAACCACUUACUGGUUUCCACAAUGUCUGUGCGCAAGUCACUCCCUCCUUUGGCAUUGGGGGGAGGUGUAUGGCAGUGUCUGGAACCAUUGUAUGUCCUCUCUGAUGUUGCACUUAUCCUGGGAUAGUGUAUGACCUAGAGGCUCACUCCCCUCAGUGAGCGUGUCCAGGAGUGGGGUCAAGAAGGGGUUUUACUUGAGAUGGGGGUAUCUAGAGUUGACAAUUGAGUUAUGCCAUUGGAUGAGUUGGUGUUUUUGUGCUAUGAAGUACCAGGAACGAGAUUAGAACCUCGUCUUAGGGACCAAACUGAAUGAUAAAUUAUAGCGAAUGCUAUCUGGCUACGGGAAACUCCUUUCUCAUUAUAAAGUCUCACUUUGUGAACUGUUCCUAAUAUCUGUGGUUUGUUAUGUCGACUAGGGGGGUGGAUCUUUGCUAUAAAAGAUCUCAGUAGCCAUUGUGUUGCCACUCUCAACGGUUCAUUAGAAAUAGUGAAUUGUUGAAAGUCAUUGCAAAGAUCUUAUUAUUAAAGAUGUAGUUUAAGUAUAACUCUGAUUGGUGUGUGAAGUUUUUAAGUAUAACUCUGAUUGGUGUGUGAACUUUGUCUCUCCACAUUUGGUAAUACAGAAAUUAACCACCACAGACUAACCUUGUGAAACUGACCUAUUAUAAUCUCCUGCUCCUGGGAGUAUCAUCCUGCGUUGCAAACCAGCUGCACCUGCAUCCUUGUAUGAAUAGAGUCCCUCCCAGGAACAGGAAACUAUAAAGAAAUGUGCUCAUCACCCAAUGCUUCAGGAAUUCAAACUGUCUACACUGCGCUGUGUAACUCUGUUAUUCUCUCUGAGCUCAGAAAUAAAGAAUCUUGGUUUGA